AUGGGUCUCUGGGGUGGAUUCUGCCUUGCCAUUAUCGCCGUAUUCCUACCUCCGCUAUCCAUCGUCAAAAGAACAGGCUGCGACCAUCAUCUGUUCAUCAACAUCGUCCUGUGCUUGUUCGGCUGGACCCCCGGUAUCUUCCACGCCUGGUACAUCAUCCUUCGUUUCCCAGACGGCAGACGAGCUGCAAAGAUGAGAGAAGAUGUCAGAAGAGGGCGUGCUCAAGUCGUCCAACAAGGAUAUGGGUUGCCAGCAAUCGGAGCAGGCACCUACUACUUCCCUGCCCAUCAGGAGACUCGGUAUCGCUACUGGAGGCACGGUUCCGCCGAGAUCUAUGUUCAGUACCCGGAUGGACACUUUUACAAGUACAAGGGACGUCACUGCUGGUCCAAAGGUGAAUGUCCGGGACAGCCUGGACAACCACAGCCGCGUGUCUUGCUGGUGGAAAAGCAGGACCCUCUCAAGCAAGGUUACCAGUAUCAACUCCAGCAUCAUACCAAGCACCAUCCCAAUCACCGCUCCAACUCUUGGGUGACUAUCGAAGACGAAAAGCCAAUAGCUGUCGAGGACACUCCACCAACACUGUACAUUGAAGAAGCUGGGGCGGAGGAAGUUGAGAACACACUGGAGACUGAGCGGCUGGAACCAAUACCAGAAACAGAGACACUACGCCUCAGCUGUUACUGA